AUGUAAUUCUCUGAUAUUACAAACCUUGAAAAUUCAUCUCAUAAUCUGAAGACUAAGUCUUAAGUUUCUCAGAAAACCAUUCCUGCUAGUCCCAAGAAAAAACCGUCUGUGAAUUACAUGGAUAUCCAUAACUUUAAAUUCGAGUGGAUCUACCUAGAUGAUUUUGAAUUGGAAAUCAUGUAUUAAACUGAUCGUAAUCCAUUCUAAUACUGUAACAAUGAAUAAAUGUAAUGGUUCCAAAAUUAUAAUCUUCAUUUAUCUUAUCCACUCUAAUUGGAUCACAUCAAUGUAUGAAUACAAUCUUAAUUCUCAUAGACCUAAGAGUCUCUCAAAAAUCACUCAAUUUGUGAAUUUGGAAGAAAUAAAAUAAUAUGUUGGAUGGGCUAAGUUUUAGGCUCUUUUGAAAGCACAUCAAAUGAGACUUAUUUUUUAGCCAUCUCAAUUUUCGAUAAAUUCCUUCAGCAGUAUCCCUACAGUCUAAGCAAUUAAGAACUCUUAAGCAUUGGAAUAAGUUGUUUGAGUUUGGCCUCUAAGCAAAAAGACAUAUAUUGUUUGACUGCCUCAUAACUUGUACAAAUAAGUGGCGAAAUUAUGACUGAAGAUUAGCUUGCAAAAUGCCAAUUUCAAAUCUUAAAAUCCUUAUAAUACCAAAUAGAAUUACCAAAUUACUUUAAGAACUUUGAUUACAUCAUGCGGGACUUGGAGUUUCGAUACUUCUAACUAAUGAGCUCAAACAUUAUUAAGAAUUCCUUGAUGAAAAUGAAAAUAUCGGCUAUAUACAAAUGCACUCUAAAUCUGUUAAGAUAUGUCACAUAAUAUUAUGACACUACAAUAUUUUAUUAGAGCACUAUUGCUUAUUGUUGCAUUUAUUAUACAAUAAAGAGGAUGGAAUUAUUGAAAUUUAGAUUGCUUGAUGAUUUGUCGAAAAUUUUGAUGUCAAUUUAAAUUGAACAAAAUAUUGUUAACACAGANUUAACUUUGUAAGAAUUAAGGGAUAGAUAUAAGGAAUCAAAACUUAGUGAUUUCUAAAAGUAUUUUUUUUAAUUGAUUGAUGAGGGGGAUGUUGGGGAACUCUAAUCUUUAUUCAAACAAAAGGAAAUAACUUAAAACAUUCUGAACAGUCCAAAUCAUAAAGGGUACUACCCUGUUCAUUUAGCCAUCAAAUAUAAGAAUCCAUAAUUAUUUAAGCUGUUUUAAUAAAAUGGAGCUGAUAUGAGUGUGUUAACUAGAAAAAAGAAAUCAGUUUAAUAAUUAUUAGAAAUAUAUUAUAAUGAUGAAAUCUACGAGUUAAUUAAUGGUAAAAAGAAAGGGAAAUUAUAAUGA